GCGAAAGGAUUCAACAUGGCGACGAAAAGCGAUUACAGCAACCGGUAUAUGUACUAUUCAGCAUCUGGAACAUCUAUUUUGACGGCACAUAGUUAGCGAUAAUGACAACAAAGAUUUUAUUUCGCCUCUUUAUACAAGGAGGUCUACUUCUUCAAUUAUCACCUUGCAUAAGAAGUAGCACAUUCUUUUUCAAUGCCACCUCGGCAAUGCAAGUGUCGUCAGCAACUAUUCCACUCAAAAGUGGCUUUGAUUUCAGUUUUAGAACUUGCAGUGGUGGAGUUUUACUUGAUCAAAAUGGGUCAAGUAAUAGUUUUGUCCGCAUUGAGGUGGUUCACACCAUUGUGAAUUACACUAUGACACCUGUUUUCUUUUUUGCAAGCCAUCUUAAAUUGACAUGGAAAAUUAAUAGUGUGGAAGAGUCUGUAACAGUGGGGAAAGACUUGGAUAAAAAUAUUCUUCAUCGAGUACAAUUCACUGCUGGCAGUGGACAAGUAAAUUCAACUCUCACCCUAAGUGGUUUGACAUCCCAGUCUGUGCAAAUUCCGAACACCAUUUUAAGAUUUGUUGCUUCAGGUCCACUUUUUGCUGGGUACCCUGUGUCUGGGGGUGAAGGUUUUGUUGGAUGUAUCAUAAGUGGAAGAAAUAUUCCUCUGCCAAAUAGUUUCUCUGUGAACAUCAAUGCAGACUGUCCACUUGGUCCAUCUGGAUGUCCAGCAAAAGUAUGUCCAGCUGGUUUUACUGGAUACUAUUGUGAAGUAAACAUUGAUGACUGCGCAAUUGCCAAGUGUCAUCACUACAGCACUUGCAUUGACCUAGUCAAUAACUACAGCUGUAAUUGUGGACCAAGGUGGUCAGGCCAAUUGUGCGAUAUCUUCCAGGGAUCCAUGUGUAAUAAGACGAACAACAACAACACUGAUGUAUGUAAGAAUGGAGGUGUUUGUCGUGAUACUUCAGACAAAAACAACUACACAUGUACAUGUAAUCCUGGUUUCACUGGACGCAACUGUGAGAAUGAAUUUGAUCCUUGUCAAAGUUCUCCUUGCAAGCAAGGAGGAACAUGCUCCAAGCUUAGUGUGGAUGACUUCAAAUGUGAUUGUCUACUGGGAACUUGCAUUGAUGAAAUAAGCAGCUACAGAUGUGGAUGUAUGGAUGGAUUUACUGGAACCCUGUGUGAGAUAAACAUUGAUGACUGUGUGAAUCACAACUGUAAUAACAACUCCACAUGCAAAGAUGGUGUCAAUAAUUACACUUGUGUUUGUAAACCUGGAUUUAAUGGCAGUCAGUGUGAGAAUGAUUUUAAUGACUAUUGCCUGUCAGUUAACUGUAACAAUGGAACAUGUAAAGCUGGCAACAGCAGUUUCCAAUGUGAGUGCUUUACUGGUUUCAAUGGUACCUUCUGUCAGAAUGACAUCGAUGAGUGUGAAGGUGUUUCGUGUAACUGUGGGAGUUGCACUGAUCUUCCUGGGGCGUUCCGUUGUGAUUGUGAUCCAUGGACUACAGGCCUGUACUGUGAGACUGAUAUCGAUGAAUGUGCCAAUCAAAGUCAGUGCAGUGUGGAUAAGGGUCAAGGUUUAUGUCAAAACAUCGACGUCACCAAAACAAAUUGCGAUAAACGUACGAAAGGAGCUGUCUGCUUCUGUACCCCCGGCUUUACAGGUGAAAACUGCCACGUUGAUGUGGAUUACUGCUUGCAACAUAGGCCUUGUCAAAACCAGGCAAAGUGCAUUGAUGGAAAGGGAGUUAACGAGUACAAAUGUACCUGUACAUCUGGCUGGAAAGGACAAAACUGUGAUGAGGACAUUGAUGAGUGUCAACUUGGAUACUGUCAGAAUAAUGCAACAUGUAUUAACAGUUUAGGUAGCUACGCAUGUGCAUGCUCACCUGGCUUCACAGACUACAACUGUUCCACAAAUAUUAAUGACUGUUUACCAGACCCAUGUGAAAAUGGUGGAAAAUGUACAGAUCUGAUAAAUGACUUCAACUGUGCAUGCCAGCCAGGAUAUGAAGGUAAAAAUUGCUCCAUCGACAUUGAUGAAUGCAAGUCUAAACCAUGCCAGAAUAAUGCAACAUGUAUGCAUGGCAUAGCUGAUGUCAACUGCACUUGCACAGCCAACUUUACAGGAAAGUACUGUGAGCUCGAGUUAUCUUCUUGCAUUCCUAAUCCGUGCAAGAAUAAUGGCACCUGUGAUUUACGAAACAACAACUUCACUUGUACUUGCGCAGCCGGCUUUGGAGGGGUACUUUGUGAAAAUAUAACCACAGUCGGAUUAAAUGGCUCCUCGUUCAUGAAUUUGCACGUCGGAAAACAAAUGUUUGAACUCUCUUUCCAGUUCAGGACAACUCUAAAUCACGGCUUAUUAGGUGCUGAUUCAGGAAGCAAUUUUCUUGUAUUUCUUGAUAAUAAUAAAGUGCACAUAAUGUACAAUAACACUAAGAAACUUUCGGCUGGCAAACAGGCUAAUCUUAGCGAUGGACUCUGGCACACUGUCUUUAUCAACACAUCUGCGGACUCCUUAGUUCUCGUUGUAGAUAACUCAUCUUGUGGCGAGCAUUGCAAGACGUCUUCAAAUGAUCUACAAGCAAACGUUGACGUUUCAAAACUCUACAUCGGUGGAUCCUCGUUUCCUGUAAACUAUCUUCACAACACCCUGUAUAAUUUCACUGGUUGUAUUCAAGAUGUAAUGAUUGAUAUGGAGACAGUGAUCCCCAGCUGUGAAGAAGUGGAAUUGUUCAACACUGUGACUGGGUGUCCUCGAAAAGAGGUGUGUGUAUCUAACUCUUGUACAAAUGGACAAUGUGUUGACGAAUGGAACAAAUUCAGCUGUGAUUGCACACGACCCUGGAUCGGUCCGCGCUGCAAUACAACGUUGACGCCGGGAACGUUUGGUGCAACUGAACCUUUAAACAUUGGUAGCAGCAGACGGCGACGUAGUAUUGAGAGCAUGCGUAACGCUUCCUUUGCUAAAUUCUUCACUAAUGGCACUAGUUUUGACUCAGCUGUUGAGUUGUCGUUCUUCAUCCGAACUCGGGAAAUGAGAGGAUUAAUAAUACUGAUGACAGAUAAUCAGGGUCAUCAUAUUAGUGUUGUGAUUGAUCAAGGAAUGUUGUUUGUACAAACCACUUCAAAUGGACACACCUCCAAUUUUACCAUAAAUGGAAGUGUUAGCGAUGGACAUUGGCACUUUGUUGCAAUCCGAAACAACAUGUCGCGCUUUGACAACUUCACUAUGGUCAAGGGACCCAUUAUUAACAAAGAUAUCAAGUUGACUGUAACCUACCUUGGAGGACUUGAUGACUUCUCUCUUUACCCGGAAGCUGAUAUUAUUCGAACUCCAUUUCGAGGCUGUUUACAGGACCUUCAACUGAACAACAGACUGUUUGACUUCGGAUUUAAUGAUGCCUCGUUAAUUACCACGGAUCGUUACAUCUUACUCGAGUCAGGUGGUCUGGGUAAAGGUUGUCAGGGAAUGAACGUGUGUCGAUCAUUACCGUGUGGUGAUGGAGGCUUCUGUAAAGACUUGUGGAACAAAUAUCAGUGCGAGUGUAAACCUCGCUACGGUGGCCGGGACUGUGCACUGUACGGCUGCUCCUUGGUUAACCUGUGCCCUCAUAAUACCACCUGCUUGGAUAUCGGAGAAAAUUAUGAAUGUGUGCAUCCCUUCACUUUCAAUGGCAGUGCAACUCGAGCAGAAUUUACCUUCGUCUCCAGUGUUAAUGUCAGCCUGGAUGCGUCUUUACGAGUACGAACAAGGGAGUCCUCAGCAGUGUUGAUUCACAUUCGUCACGACUACAACAAAUUUUUCAAGAUGGCACUUGACGAUGGACGGAUUAACAUUAGUUUUGCUCUGAAUGGAGACAGUGGAGUAAUAUCCUCAGAAAUCGCGUUCAACAUCACUGAUAAUCAGAGUUUUGUGACCGUAGAUGGCUCCACUACAAUGGAUUCCUCCAAACUUUCAAGCAAUGAUAUAACAAGCUUAUUAAACAGUACUCCAGUUGUGGUGGGCGGGUCAGCCUUCAAAGGAUGUCUAGAUAACGUGCGUAUUGGUGAUCUGCUGCUAUCAUUUGUUGAUUACUACAACAGCACCUUGAAUGUUAGUCAUGUGACUCCUUUGAAGCCUCAUUUCCAAGUUAACACAUCAGAACUGAGGUUCGGUUGCCACAGUGAUGACGUUUGUGGUCCGGCACCUUGUUUACGGGGCACGUGCAGUGAUGAAUGGAACCUGUUUAAUUGCGCAUGUCCAGAAGGAUGGGCGGGGUCUAUCUGUAAUCUCACAGCCAACAUGACUUGCGCUCAUUCCCCGUGCGCCAAUGGCACGUGCUAUAACGUGACUUACGUUGACAUGGCAACCAAUCAGAAACAAGUAAGUGACGUAGGAUUUGAUAUGUUUGAGUGCAAGUGCCCUCCAGGAUUUGAAGGGAAGCUUUGUGAAAAUGCUACGAACGAAUGCGACCCUAAUCCGUGUGAAAAUGGCGCGAACUGCACUGAUCUUCACCUCGACUAUAACUGCUCAUGCGUCAGGGGUUACGCUGGAAAAAACUGUUCAACGAACAUCGACGAAUGUGCAAAUAACAACUGCACUAACAAUUCUACUUGUGUCGACGGAAUCGGCUCGUAUAGUUGCUCCUGCCUGGUUGGUUUUAAUGGAACUUUCUGUGAGCAAGAUAUUAAUGAAUGUGAAGUUACGAAGCCACUUGGUCCUUGUAACGCAACAGGAACAAAGAACUGUUCUAACUUUGUGGGCGGCUUCAGCUGUGACUGUAAACAAGGGUUCUUUGGAGAACUGUGUCAGUAUGACUUUAGUUCGUAUUGCGAACUUAAAAAACCUUGCCAAAAUGGUGGUAAUUGUUCAGAUAAUGCAACAGCUUUUAGCUGUUCUUGUCCUGAGGGGUAUAAUGGGACAUUGUGUGAGAAUGAUAUUCAUGAAUGCAAAGACGAGCCAUGUAUGAAUAACGGAACAUGCAUUGAUAGCCAUGUAAACUCCACCAGUCGUAUGUUCCCGGGUUAUAAGUGUAACUGCACUAUCGAUUUUGAAGGACAGCGAUGUGGAAAGAAAAUCGACCCGUGUGAAUCUGAUCCUUGCAAGAACAAUGCUACGUGUCAGAGGUUGGCCUACAACAAGUAUGGGUGUAAAUGUACACCCGAGUAUAAGGGAGAAAACUGCUCUGUUUUCCAAGCUUGUUACAGCAGUCCAUGCCAGAAUGGAGCUACUUGUAAAGAAUUCUACAACCCUAGUAAUUAUUCCUGCGCAUGUCCACUCGGGUUCUACGGACAAAAUUGCGAGAACGUCACCGACUACUGUUCACCUGACCCCUGUAGAAAUAACGCGACUUGCGUGAAUUUGAACGCGGAAGGGAAGUAUUUCUGUAACUGUACUGAAGGAUUUGGUAAUGUAAACUGUAGUGGCUUGUUGAAGUUCUGCGAUCCCGAUCCAUGCAUCAAUGGGAGUUGUCUUCCAUUAAUGGACACUUUUCAGUGCGUGUGUAACGAAGGUUAUACAGGAAAGAAUUGCAGCGAGCUCAUUAACAAAUGUGAUUCGAAUCCUUGUCAAAACGGUGGCACAUGUACCUCUACUGACGGCUCAUUUCGCUGCAAGUGUGAGUCUGGUUGGGUGGGUGAAGCAUGUCAGUAUGUAGAUCGCUGCAACAAUAGUCCGUGCGAGAACGGUGCAACUUGCAAAACCAACGUUCAGACUGGGAAUGUUUCGUGUCUUUGUCGGGAUUAUUUCACAGGUUCACGGUGUGAAACUUCGCAGGAACAAACCGAUCCCUCUGAAAAGACAGCAGUCAGUCAAUAUUUCCUGAUCGGAGGAAUUAUAGCGGCUUGUGUCCUCGCCAUGUUGUUGCUCUUUUUAUUGGUAAUUGUUAUGAAGAAGAGAACAUCAAAUGGCACAUAUAAUCCUAGUAAGGAAGAAUUAGAGGCAGGGCGUGUUGAAUUGGAUUCCAUGCUGAAGCCGCCUCCUCCAGAAAGGCUCAUAUAAAAGGUUGUGUCGCUCUGAGAUGACAAGUUAAGAGUAAUCAACCCCGGGUUGAUCUGUAGAAGACCACUCUGUGCCUUUCUGUGCGUUUCGGUCUCUGCUUGAAAGCAGAAUUGGUUCAAUCGACCACCUGCCAUGUGUUGACAACGACCACUCUUUGGAAGCUAUUCUGUGAGAGGUUGUGUUACGCAACACCCCUCAACUAACUAUCCAAAACUAUACACUGGGCUCAAAAUGAAAUAAGACAAAAGGUUAGUUUUUUUUAGGUAUUUUGGAGAAUAUUCCAAAAGUAGAACUAUUUUUUUUUUUUUUUAUUUUACGCGCGACAUGUGAAAUUGCAACCGAAGUUUGGUAGAAAUGAGAAUUGUCAGGACGUACUUUUGUAAACUUUGUUUUUACUAGGAGACGUUUUCCUUCAUAAGGUUUUCUUAUUUUCUUCGUUUUAUUUAUUUUUUUAACUCAAAUUCCCCUGGUUUUGGAGAUUUUUGCAACAGCGCUUUAUCCUAGGUACAUCUCAUUUGCUCUUAAGGUUGUUGUUAAGAAGUUGUUACUUCGACAUAUACCGUCAUUUUCAGGUGUUUGAAAUGGCAAGCGACCGCAAAAAGGUAUCUUCCUUACCAUCGUCAAUUUUGUUUUCCUAACGCAUUCGUUUUUGUCUUACCUAGUUGUUUUGUCAGUCUCUCAUAAAUGGUUAGAAUAUAAUGUAUAGCUAGUCUGUAUGUAUGAACUAGCCUUAUUUGAACUAAAAAACAUUAGGAAGCUUUCUAUGAUAGCUUAUCGGAAGGUUUUGUUUGAAAACAGUGGUAGUUGUGUACCAGAGUUUUAUUUAAUGCAAUCAAGUGUGUAUAUAUACAUAUGCGUGACGCUAAAUUGAGUUGAAUUAAUUUCCUAUUUUAGAAUUUAUAGGAAUUUGAAUAGGAAAUAAAUCAAGGGUAACUUUUGCAAUGAUUUUUUAAAUAAAAAUAAUCCUAACUGCUCUAU